AUGGAGCCCAGAGUUAUUUCAGUCCCCAACGAGACUGUAGCUUCCUUCUCGCGUACCACGUGCGAUGGAAGGCAUCUGCUCUACAAACUCAAAGUUCUCCAACAGCCCGAACGUGCUCGCGCGUGUGGUUCCGGCGCCAAGUCUUCUGCCGACCGUCGUCCUGUCGACCCCCCUCCGAUCGUCGAGCUCCGCAUCUAUGAUGGCGAGGAACACAAGGAAAAUGACAUUACCUUUGCCAUGAACGCCAACUAUUUCCUCUUCGCGACUCUGGAACAAGCCCGUCCUAUCGCUCAGGGUCGUGUUCCUAACAACGAUCCAGCCCGAUUGACUGUUCUGACUGGUACGCCUGUUGCUGGCAUGGUAUACCUGGAUCGUCCCGAUCAAGCUGGCUACUUUAUCUUUCCCGACCUCUCCGUCCGUCAUGAGGGAAAGUAUAGACUCGGUUUCAGCUUGUACGAGGAGCUCAAAGACCCCAAGGAUGCAGACCAGUUGGAUGAAGCAGCUGCAGCUGCAGCUGCUCAAGGAGAAGCACAAAUCACCCAUCGCCUCGAAGUGAAGUCCCAGCCCUUCACUGUCUACAGUGCUAAGAAAUUCCCUGGACUUGCUUCUAGCACCCAGCUCAGCCGCACAGUAGCCGAUCAAGGAUGCCGUGUGCGCAUUAGACGUGAGGUUCGCAUGCGAAGACGCGAAAAGGGCAAGGACUACGACGGCUACUCAGAUCGUGGCAGACACUCGGCUACUCCUGAUGCCUACCAGUCCCAUAUGGCGGGUGCUCAUCCUGGCGCUGACGCUGCAGAUCGCGAAAGGUCGGCCAGUAUCGCUAGUCACGUAUCUCUUGCCGCUGCCCCCUCAUCCCGUCGUCCGUCAGGUCAUGAUGUGUGCCAAACAUACCCUCAGCCCCCAUACCCUCCACAGGUCUCCACCCAACACGCCGCGGUACAGCCAGCUCCUCCUGCACAGACCCAGUACUCCCAGGCGCCUGCUCAUCAGUACGCCGCACCAUAUGUGCAGCCACAAGCUCAGCUGCAGCCACCAUCUAUGCAGCCUCCUCAAACUCAGAUGCACUAUGGACAGUACCAGUAUCCCCAGGCUGCAGCACCUCCUGCUCCUACUCAUCAGCAAUCUGCUUACUAUGGAUAUGGUCACCCAGCUCCACAGCAUGCUCAAUACGAGGAGCCAGCUGUUGCAAGAACCAUGAGUGUAGACUACCCGCACGGAGCACCUGCUCCUGUCCACGCAGACCCUCGCCGUCACUCGAUGAUUCAGCCGUCUUCGUAUACUCACAACAGCCAGCCUCAGACAUACUCGAAUCAGUACCAACACCCUGGCUACACUCCUCAGCAGACGCCUAAGAUGAGACAGAUGAGUCAGGCAUCAGCAGCCAGUGCGUCGGCAAUCGCACCCCAUGUAUUGCCACCAAUCAACACGUCUCUUGUACCUCAGAAGCUCGAGACUUCGCCACCAUCGAGCGCAGUGUCUCAAAGCCACUACUAUGAUAUGGCUAGAGCUUCGGAAAACGGACAGAUGAAUGGCAAGCGCUCGUACGAUCGCGUGUUUGAUACGCGCCACUUGAACGGACCGCUGAGACAGGGAGCCAGACCAUCGGUGUCGGGAUACGGUCAUCUUGUUGCUGACGACGGAAACGAUAGCGAGCUUGCGGAGCUGGAGAGCUUGAAGAUGAGCUACAGACGGGCGGAUGGACGCGAGAUUGCUCGCCCUCUGCCCCCUAGCCAUAACUAA